AUGGCAGAGCACGAAAUUGAUCCUGUCACCAAACGCCCUCUUCGGCAUCGCCAGGCCAGCGACACCCAGCUAUUUGGAAAGCCCGGUGGCAAAAGUUGUACAAAGCGAACGUCUGGCAUGGAGACCGCUUACUAUGCCACCAGCUUAGACGCAUUGACUCUAGAGGAACGGGAUCUAGAGUACAAGCACCGGCAUACAUUCAUAGGAACUGGCUCGCUAGACGACUUCCUAGAAACACUGGAAACUACACCAAACCAUACCGCUACCAAAGAUGCAAUUGCUCGGGCAUUCGUACAACUGGCAGCAUCAGAGCAGCUCUACGCUCGACAAUGUCCUGCUGGUCAGGGGUGGGAUCUAGUUAUGCGAACAACACUGAGCCUCGUGGACGUUACUAGCGUCGAUUACAUUGUCCAGUCGCAAGUCAAGCUGGGCUCCAUUACGCUACGGCAAUUCCUGGACUUGAUACCUUUCGAUGAAGUCGAUGAGGUGGCGGCACUACGUAUCGUAGAAGCGUUCUCUAUUGCUAGCCAUCUGGAUGCGAUGGCAUGUAUGGGCGCACGAAGUAAGGCACGAGCUUUCCGGAAGUGGAUGGUCGACCAAAAGAGGGCGGACGCAGAUUGUUGA